AUGUGUGGUAUAUUCGCUUGUCAUAAACACCCCAAUGUGCACCAAUUCAAACCUCAGGCUUUACAAUUAGCCAAGGCCGUGCGUCAUCGUGGUCCGGAUUGGAGUGGAAAUGUCAUUUCCAAUGACACAAUUUUGACGCAUGAGCGUUUGAGUAUUGUUGGAAUUGAUAGUGGAGCGCAGCCCCUUGUCAACGAGGAGGAAACUAUUUUUUUGGCGGUUAAUGGCGAAAUUUACAACCACAGAAUAUUGCGCAAGCAGCUCGAUGCCGACACAAAAUUCAAGACUCAUUCCGACUGUGAAGUCAUUUUGCACCUAUACCCUAAAUAUGAUAUUGAUACUCCCAAGAUGCUUGACGGAAUGUUCUCUUUCGUGUUAUACGAUAAGGUCAAGGACCGGACCAUUGCCGCGCGCGACCCCAUUGGCAUUACUAGUUUCUAUCAGGGCUGGUCUUCAAAAACUCCUGGCGCUGUAUACUUCGCUUCCGAAUUGAAGUGUCUCCACCCUGUCUGCGACAAGAUCAUUUCUUUUCCCCCAGGCCAUAUUUAUGAUUCAGCCACUGGAAAGACUACUAGAUACUUUCAGCCUUCAUGGCUAGACUCCACAAAAAUUCCGUCGAAUCCGGUCGAUUUCGAGAAAGUUCGAACUACUUUGGAAAAGGCGGUGCGUAAGCGGCUUAUGGCGGAAGUUCCUUAUGGGGUUCUCUUAUCUGGAGGCCUUGACUCCAGUUUGAUUGCCUCAAUUGCUGCUCGGGAAACCGAGAAACUGAAACUCACGUCUGGAGUUACUAACGGUACCGUGAUACCACAUGAACUGGUUGGAAUCAGUGAAGGCGAUGACCUUGAUACUAUUACCGCCUUGCCAGAGCUACAUUCCUUUUCUAUUGGACUUCCUGGAUCACCAGAUACGGUUGCUGCUAAAAAGGUAGCUGCAUAUCUCGGAACGGUCCACCAUGAGUUCAACUUUACUUUACAGGAAGGUCUUGAUGCUCUCCGUGACGUUAUUUAUCACCUUGAGACGUUCGAUGUUACUACGAUCCGUGCAUCAACACCUAUGUAUCUUCUUAGUAGGAAAAUCAAGGCUCAGGGUGUUAAAAUGGUUCUAAGUGGAGAGGGAAGUGAUGAGAUAUUUGGUGGUUACCUUUACUUCGUCAACGCACCGAACAAGGAAGAGUUUCACAAAGAAACCAUUACGAGGGUCAACAACCUGCACCUUUCGGACUGUUUGAGGGCCAAUAAAUCGACCUCUGCAUGGGGCGUUGAGGCCCGCGUCCCUUUCUUGGACAAAGAGUUCUUAGAAGUUACAAUGAACAUCGACCCCCAAGACAAGCUUAUCCUUAAAGGAGAGCGCCUCGAGAAAUACAUUCUCAGAAAGGCAUUUGAUACCUCAGAUAAGCCAGAUCAGAAGCCUUACCUUCCCGACGAUAUUCUAUGGCGUCAGAAAGAACAGUUCAGCGACGGUGUUGGAUAUGGUUGGAUUGACGUCUUGAAGGAUACUGCGGAGAAAAUGGUCACCGAUGAGCAGCUGAAGAACCCCAAACCCGAGUGGGGUGCCGAUGCUCCUGAUAGCAAGGAGGGGUACUGGUACAGGUGUAUGUUCGAUGAGCAAUUCCCAGCACAGUGUGCGCCCACUGUCAUGAGAUGGAAGCCUACCUGGUCCAACCAGACAGAUCCCAGCGGAAGGGCCAUUGACAUUCAUGUUGCCAAAUAUGACGAGAAAUAG